CUGAACGGUUCAGUCGCAGCGCGCACAGCGCCGAGACUACACCGUUAAUAAAAAAUAAUUUAUUUUAUUUAUUUUUUAGUUAUUUUUUUUUAGUUUAGUCAAUUAGUUUUUUAGUUUGUUUUUUAAGAAGCUUUUUAGUUUAAGGACAAUGUACGGUUACCUCGCUCUCAUCUGCUUCGUGGCUCGGUUGGCGACGUCGGAAGCCAACGUGAUCCACGGCAACGAAGUCAUUAAUGAUAAGCAGCUGGUGCUGGCGUUUGUGGUACAUCGCCACGGCGACAGAGCUCCUGAUGCAGAUGAGCUGUCUUUAUCUGAUGAACAGGAAAAAAUAAGAAACUUGACGCGGCUAGAAGGCUUAGAAGGAUUGACAAAUCUUGGAAAACGCCGUGCGUACCAGAUAGGAAAAUACAUCAAACAGCGCUACGGACCUCAGGGGUUGGGUCUGAUAUCAAACCUAUACCUUCAAGACGACAUUGCCAUCAGGAGUACCGACAAGGAACGUACGAAGAUGACUGCCUUGGUAGCCAUGGCCGCUGUCUACCCCCCAGAGGUGGAGCAGCAAUGGGAUGAAGGCGUCGGGAAAGUGUGGCAGCCAGUGCCGUACUCCGCGAAACCUUUGGCUGAAGACUUUCUGCGGUACUACUCGAACUGCAAUAAAUUCAAGGCUCUCAUGGCAAAGGCGAAAGAAGAGUCUAUCACGAAAGAGUUCUUGCCUUACAAAGAUUUAGUGGCCAAACUUGAGAAGAAAACCGGACGCAACUUCACAGAGAAUCCGCUAUUGUUUGAAACGCUCUUCGAUCUGUUCAAAAGUCAGGUUGGCCUAGGUCUAGAUAUUCCGGAAUGGGCAAAGCCCCUUUUGCCUAGGCUAAGCGAAGCGGCCAGGUUGGCUUACAGACUGUAUUUUAGAUCUGAUGAGAUGCUCAAAAUCGGUGGAGGAGUGCUUCUUCAGCAGUUCACGGAAGCAGCAACAGCGCUGGCGUUAGGGAAACCAGUGACGAAGCGGCUGAGGAUAUUCUCUGCCCAUGAUUUCAACGUCGGUGCUUUGAUGGAUGUGUCCAGGGUUGUGAAAGACCAGAGCAUACCUGAAUACGGCUCGGUCUUCGCCUUGGAACUGUAUAGGCGUAAAGGAGGAGUCUUGACUGUUGAGCCGGUCUUCUUGAACCAAGCUGGUGAGUCAUCACCUCAGGUAUUGACCAUCGCUGGCUGCGGACCCAUUUGUGAUCUCGAAAAGUUCACACAAUUGACGGAAAAGUUUCUCUUAUCAGAGGAAAAGUUUUACGAAGUAUGUGGUAUUAAAUCCGAAUUAUAGUUAAGAGAAUGACGGAGUCUGUUUGAAAGUCGAAUUUGUGAGAAUAGUUAAAUAAUGUAAAUAAUUCACUUUGAGGUGGGAAAUUUGUGAAUGAAGCAAUAGUCUAUUAACACAUAUUAGAACAGGAGCGUAUCCAGCUUCGAGUCGCCACCUGUCGGGGGGGGGGGGAAACCUGCAGGGUGCGGGGAUGACCUCCUUUUCCCCCCAAGGGAUUUGCCCAUGUCUUGGAGCCGUAUGAAAGAUCAAAUCAAGUAUAUUACGUCUUUAAUGCACAUACGUACAUGAAACAUUUUAAUACCAUACAAGAGAUCAAGAGACUUCAAAAUCAGUUUUCUUAGUAUCGUGUGGGUAGGUGGAAUACCAGCCUCGUCAACCCUGGUGUCAGGGUUAUGAGCCGCCAAAGGUCCCUGACAUGACUCACGUAACGAUUAUAUUUUUAUUUUAUUCUUCUUCUUCUUCUUCUUGUUAAAUUACAUUUUAUUUGAAGUCGGUUCAAAAGAUGUACGUGAAAAUAAAAGGCCCUCACUCAGCACAAGCCGUGGCGUAAACCACGACCCUGGUAUUCUGUAAACCUUGCUGAGUGAGGCACGAACAUCUUGCUCCAUAAAUAUGUGUUAGUAGUAUUAGUGCACAUACAGGGCAGUGCUAAUCGCGCGGUGAAUUCAAACAUAUAGCGAAGUAUGAAAGUAUUCACGCAGAAAAAAAUCGCACGUUUACUUGAUAUGCAAUGGCACCGUUCGUAGCGCGCAAUACGGUUCAUUUUCAAAUAAGGUGUAGUGUUAUGAUCUCAAAGGGUCAAUAAUGCAAUAAUGCUUUCUUAUAAUUUCCUGAAUACAGUUACCAUAACUUUCAAAGUAAGAAGUUUAUGUCUGUGAUAUAGGUACAAUGAUAUAUAAAUUAUGUAAAAUAAAUAAUUUAAAUUUUAA